GAAGAAUAAGAAGAAUAAAACACCAACUACUAAAAAGGAAAAUGGAAAAGAGAGGUCAACCACACCAUCCCAAGAAAAACCAGGAAAACAAAGAGGAACUCCCUCAUCCAGCCAGCAGAGUGACCAGGGGUCAACUGAUGGUCAGAGGAAGAAAAGAGGAAGGCUGGAUGCUCAUGUUGAGUCGGAGGAAUCAUUUUUGACAAGAGUUGAAAUCAAAGUGAGAAUACCAGAUGAAUUAAAACCGUGGUUAGUCGAUGACUGGGAUCUUGUUACCAGACAGAAAAAGAUAGUACAACUUCCUGCUCGUGUGACAGUCGACACCAUAUUGGCUGAUUACAUAAAGCAAAAAACUUCAGCUAAAGGGAUCUCACCAAACAGGGAAAGUGCUCUACUGGAGGUAACCAACGGGAUAAAAGAGUACUUUAAUGUGAUGCUGGGAAGUCAACUACUUUACAAGUUUGAGAGGCCUCAGUAUGCCGAGGUUUUAGCAGAAUACACAGACACUCCGAUGAGUCAAAUCUACGGAGCCAUACAUCUUCUUCGGCUUUUUGUCAAACUAGGAAGUAUGUUAGCAUAUACCCCAUUGGAUGAGAAAAGUGUCCAGUUGUUACUCAACCACAUCCAUGACUUUCUCAAGUACCUUGGACGAAAUUCCUCCUUGUACAGCCUCAGUGAUUACUACGUUGCUCCUCCAGAGUAUCAUCGAAAGGCUAUUUAAGUUUCUCCUUCCCUCUGUGUGUGUGUGUGUAGAUACAGUGACAGGGAAAACUUUGGUUUUAAAUUUUUUAGUAAUAAAAGCAUUUUGAAAGUUCA